AUGGCAAUAUUGUUACUUGAACUUAAUAUAAUUAAAAAAACUCUCUAUAUGAAUAUCACUCUUGAAAAUCUCUCUGGAAGUGAAUUCUAUGAUGGAAUUAAUGUAAAUUCAAUUUGGAGAAACACUUA